AUGGGCAAGAAGAAAGAAAUCGUGACCAAAGGCUCCGAAGCUUCAGAUCUAGAUGAGCAGUCAGAGAAAGAUGGGGAGCCUCAACAAACUGCCUCCACGGGCAGCUAUUUUAGACUCUUUUCCUAUGUCACAGGAAGAGACCGUAUUGCUCUUGCAUUGGCACUGUUGUGCUCGAUUGCAUCUGGUGUGCCUCUUCCGCUUAUGAACAUUAUUUUCGGGAACCUCGUUGGCGAGUUUCAGGGUUACUUCAUGCCAGGCACACAGGUGACCGAAGGGGAAUUCAAGGCUUCGGUCAACAGAUUGAGUUUGUACAUCGUGUAUUUGUUCAUCGCAAAGUUUGUUCUGACCUAUGUCUCAAUGUUCUCCUUCCGUGUUAUCGGUCUCCGUGUUUCCUCCAGUGUACGACUCCACUACAUGCAGUCCCUCUUCGCCCAGCCCAUCAGCAAACUGGACGAAGUAUCCGUGGGAACUGUCACCAAUACCAUCACGACCCUGUCCAACACGAUCCAGCAAAGCAUCUCCGACAAGCUAGCUAUCCUCUUUCAAUCCCUCGCUCUCCUCAUUACCGCAUAUAUCAUCGCCUUCAAGUACUCAUGGGCCCUGACCCUUGUCACGAGCUCUUCUCUAUUGUUCAUUCUAAUCUGCUGCAUAUUUAUCAUGCCAGUCAUGACUAAGAUCCAGAAGCAAGUCGACAAGGCUGACGAGCAGCACUCUUCAAUCUCAGCGGAGGUGUUCAGCUCCAUUCGGACAGUUCUAUCUCUUGGUGCUGAGGAAACGCUUGUGAUAAAGUAUGCCAACUGGGUUGAUGAGUCGCGGAAACGGGGGCAAAAGAUGUCUACUGUACUGGGGCUCCAUCUUUGUCUUAUGUUCUUUGCAAUGUAUGCUAGUUACGCGCUAGCUUUUUGGUUUGGGUUGAAGCUUUACCGGGAAGGGCAUAUCGCGGAUAUCAACACGGUUAUCAUCGUGUUCUUCUCAGUAAUGAUGGUGGUGAGCGUCCUAGGAGGAAUCGCAUCACCAUUGAUGAUCAUUUCUAAGGCAACGAGUGCAGCGUCUUCAUUUUUCGAAAUAAUCGACUUGGAGACUAUGGACAGAGGAGGCCUUAAGGAUCUUGAGGCUUCCUCCGAGGUAGAUAUUGCAUUACAAAACGUACAUUUUGCCUACCCAACUCGCCCAGAUAUUCCAGUCCUCAAAGGUCUCAAUGCUCGAUUCCAAAAAGGCAAGACGACGGCACUAGUGGGUCCGUCUGGCUCAGGCAAAAGCACCAUCGUCGGUCUUCUUGAACGAUGGUUCGAACUGAGGAACCAUCAGGGGAACAUUUUUGCCGGUGAACAUGACCUCACCCAUCUGGAUUUGAAGUGGUGGAGAUCACAGAUCGGGCUUGUACAACAAACCCCCUUUUUAUUCGACGAUUCAAUCUUCAACAACGUUGCCUUCGGUCUGAUUGGGACCAAGUGGGAACAUGAGACCCAUGAGGUCAAGCAGAGACUUGUUGAAAAAGCGUGUAAGCAAGCAUUUGCCGAUGAAUUCAUCAAGCGUUUGCCAGAGGGCUACGAUACCCUUGUAGGAGAAAGCGGCAAGACAUUAAGCGGCGGCCAAAAGCAACGUCUCGCCAUUGCUCGAAGUAUCGUCAAAGAACCCUCUAUCUUGAUCCUCGACGAAGCGACAAGCGCAAUCGAUGUCCACGGAGAGAAGAUCGUUCAGAAAGCUCUUGACCAACUCUCGAAGAACCGCACUACUGUUGUUAUUGCUCACAGACUAUCAACGAUCCGGAAAGCCGAUCACAUUGUCGUUCUUAAAAACGGUGUCGACGUUGAGCAAGGCACGCACGACGAACUUCUGGAAAUUGAGGAUGGAAUAUAUCGUGGUUUCGUGAAUGCUCAGAGUCUUGCGCAUUUGACAGAUGACGGUCCAGACGGAAGCGAAGGCUCUGAUGCUCUAGAAAAAGAAGCCAGUGCUGUCCAGAAUUUUCAUGGGCCAGAAAAGGAAGAAAUACAGAGGAAAUACAAGAAAAUAGGCUUCUUUCGCAGCAUCGGACUGAUACUGUACGAGCAACGUAGCCAUUGGCUGUUCUAUUCACUAACGCUUCUUGGUGCUGCUGGUGCUGGGUCUUCGUACGCGCUCCAAAGCUGGCUGUUUGCCCACAUUAUCGAGGUGUUUGGGUAUCAAGAUCAACGGCUCGCAGAUGCUGCCAGCUUCUGGGCCUUGAUGUUCUUCGUUCUCGCCCUAGGCGCGGCUCUUUGCUAUUUUCCUGUGGGAUUCUCUUCGAAUACAUUUUCAAUGAAAAUCUCCUCGUUCUACCGAAAAGAAUACUUCCGCAGCAUUCUCCAAAAACCCAUCCCAUUCUACGACCUCAACGAAAACGCCUCCGGAUCCCUCGUCUCCCGCCUCUCCACAGACCCAAAACAAAUCCAAGACCUCCUCGGCACAAACGGCGCCUUCCCACUAAUUUCCAUCUUCAACAUCCUCGGCUGUAUCAUUAUCGCCUUUACAUUCGGGUGGAAACUAAGUCUCGUUGCGGUAUUCGCAGCUAUGCCAUUUGUUUUGUUAGCUGCGUUCAUGCGCAUCAGAUUCGAGCUGCAGUUCGAAGCUAUGAAUGCAGAGGUAUAUAGUGGUAGUUCGCAGUUCGCGGCGGAGGCUAUAUCGGCGUUCCGAACUGUUUCGGCGUUGGUGAUGGAAGAUGCGAUUCUGGGAAGGUAUUUGGGUCUUUUGCAGACGCAGCGGAAGAGGGCUUGUCGGAAGGCGUUGUAUGCGACACUUAUCUUUGCCUUUUCGGAUAGUGUUGAGCUGUGUGCUAUGGCGCUCACAUUUUGGUACGGCGGUCAACUCCUCGCAUCGAGAGAAUACGAACCCACUAUAUUCUUUGUCAUCUAUAUGGCUACCAUCCAGAGUAGUCAAUCCGCCGGGCAAUUCCUCAGCUUCGGGCCGAACAUCGCCCAAGCUGUGGGUUCUGCUAAUCGUAUGCUGAGCUAUCGCCCGACUUCAGCCCCGCGAGACGACCUGAAGCAACUUGCACCUGCAGAUUAUCAAUCUGCAGCAAGCGUUGAACUUCGCAACGUCGCAUUCAAGUAUCCAUCGCGAGAUGUUCCCCUGUUCACGGGUCUAAACCUCAACAUCAGAAGCGGCCAAUUUGUUGCUUUCGUCGGGCCUUCUGGCUGUGGGAAGACCAGCGUUAUCUCUCUAUUGGAAAGAUUUUACGACCCAGAUCAAGGCGCGAUUCUUGUAAACGACCAAGACAUAUCCUCUAUCGAGAUUUCAUCCUACCGCGAAGCCCUAGCACUAGUAACACAAGAGCCACGCCUCUUCAACGGCACGAUCAAAGAUAACAUCACCCUAGGCCUGGGAGACAAAGGCAUAACAAAUGAAGAAAUGAUAAGAGCCUGCAAAGACGCCGAAAUCCACGACUUCAUCGCCUCCCUCCCAGAUGGCUACGAAACGACUCUCGGCACAAACGCCCAAACAGCGCUCAGCGGCGGCCAGCAGCAACGUCUCUGCAUCGCCCGCGCUUUAGUGCGAAAGCCAUCCCUCUUACUAUUGGAUGAGGCGACAUCCAGCCUCGACUCGCAGUCCGAAAAGCUAGUACAAGGUGCUCUUGAGCAGUUGGCGGGAAGACGGGAAACGACUAUUAUCGCGGUUGCGCAUCGACUGGCGACUAUUCAGAAGGCAGAUGUAAUCUUUGUCUUUGGAGAAAGCCAGAGUGGGAAGGGGUCGAGGAUUGUUGAGCAGGGGACGCAUGGGGAGUUGUUGAGGGGUAGAGGGGUUUAUUGGCAUAUGUGUCAGGAACAAGCGCUGGAUAGAUGA